UUCACCCUCUCUUAAUUUACCUUUUUUUUCCUCUUUCUGAAUCACUUUUAAGAGUGGUCCCUAAACUUACAGGUCUAUUUUAAUCACACAGUUGGUUAAUCCUGCAAGGAAUUCUCACAGAAAAACAAGCCUUGAUCCAGUUUGUUCAGUGCAGUGAAGGGGAGAGAUUUAAAGAAAGUGCUGCACAAAACCUUGACGAAUCAUUGGCAGAAUGCAUCUCUCCUCGAGUACAUCCUUUGAACAUGGAGACCCAAAGAUGAGACUGGUUACAUUUGUGGGGUGCCUCAUGCUUGCUUUUGCAAAUGUGGGAGAGACGAUACAGCCUAGAAACCCUGGUUGGACUGGUUCGCUUUUAGUGGUGCCCAUGGACGGAAGUCACUGGACUGGUGUGAAGGCUGUAGCGGAGGAGAUGGGCCGCAGGGGUCACAAAGUGAUGGUGGUCAUUCCCGAGGUCAGUGUACUGCUAGGACCUGGUAAACACUACACUACUAGAACUUUUCCAGUUCCAUAUGGACAGCAACAACUGGAUGAACUCCAAGCUCGGAAUGCUGAGGUCAUGGAAAGUAAGCAGCAGCCUCUGUUGGAGAAGAUCAGCACCAGAAUCAGUAACAUGAGGAAAUUUGUGGACCUCCAAAGGGCCACAGCUGAGAGUCUCCUCUUAAACCAAGAGCUGGUGGAUUUCCUGAGGAAGCAGAAUUUUGAUGCGGUACUCACCAGCCCAGCUGUGCCAACUGGUGCCAUCCUGGCUUAUAACCUCUCCUUACCUGCUGUGUAUAUGUUGCGAGGCUUACCCUGCGGACUGGACUCGAUGGCCACAGCCUGCCCAAACCCCCCCUCUUACGUCCCACGGUUCUUUACACACAAUUCAGACCGUAUGUCUUUUCGUCAGCGUGUGCUGAACGUUCUAGUGAGCAUCCUGGAGCCUUUUCUCUGCAAACUGAUAUAUUGGUCAACUGAGGAUGUAGCAUCCCGUUUCCUGCAGAGAGAUGUGAGUGUGGCGGAGAUCCUGCGAAGUGGAGCUCUAUGGCUACUGCGUUAUGAUUUCAUCUUGGAGUUUCCAAAACCCUUGAUGCCAAACAUGGUUUUAGUUGGGGGGAUUAACUGUGCCAUGAAAAGACCUCUGACUAAGGUAAGUGCAGAGAUGGUUGUAAACAUUUGAAUGGAUCCUUAAAAA